AAAGAGUGGAAUAGGAGUAGUGUUUUCUUGGUUAUUUAUUUUGGUUAAAUAAACAAAGCAGUGCCAUUUUCUGUGAGGAGCACCGCAAAUGGCAGCUUUGAACGUUAGUCGCAUGGCUCUGCGAUCGUGGAAGCUUUUCUGUCGCCCUUCCCCUCUUCUCUCUAUGAAGAUGCAUCCAUCCUCUCCUCCCCUCACUCGAAAGAUAAGCAUCGAUGCAAGGGGUGUUGCUUCCCAGCUUAAUAGUUCUGGAUUGUUGAGGACACAGGGCCUUAUUGGAGGGAAGUGGACUGAUGCUUAUGAUGGCAAAACCAUAGAGGUUUUUAAUCCAGCAACUGGUGAAUCUAUUGUAAAUGUUGCUUGCAUGGGUGGAAGAGAGACGAAUGAUGCAAUUUCUGCGGCCUAUGAUGCAUAUGGAUCAUGGAGCAAAAUCACUGCUGCUGAGCGGAGCAAAUUUCUGAGGAAAUGGUAUGAUUUGCUAAUGGCACAUAAAGAAGAACUUGCACAACUUAUAACCUUGGAGCAAGGGAAACCUCUUAAAGAGUCUAUUGGUGAGAUAAACUAUGGGGCUGGCUUUAUUGAGUUUGCAGCUGAGGAGGCAAAACGUGUAUAUGGAGAUAUAAUUCCUGCACCAUUAACUGAUAGGCGAUUGUUUGUUCUUAAGCAGCCUGUAGGGGUUGUAGGUGCAAUUACACCUUGGAACUUUCCCCUUGCUAUGAUAACUCGGAAGGUUGGUCCAGCCCUUGCAUGUGGCUGUACGGUGGUCAUAAAGCCCUCUGAACUUACGCCUCUCACUGCUUUAGCUGCAGCAGAGCUUUCCAUUCAAGCUGGAAUACCAGCGGGUGUUGUGAAUGUGGUAAUGGGAAAUGCUCCUGAUAUUGGGGACGCUAUACUUGCAAGUCCACAGGUAAGGAAGAUCACGUUCACAGGCUCAACAGCUGUUGGAAAGAAAUUGUUGGCUGGUUCUGCAGAGACGGUUAAAAAAGUAUCUCUGGAACUUGGUGGCAAUGCACCUUGCAUAGUUUUUGAUGAUGCUGACCUGGAUGUUGCAAUAAAAGGAACUCUUGCAGCAAAGUUCCGCAAUAGUGGACAAACAUGUGUCUGUGCAAAUAGAAUUCUUGUGCAAGAAGGUAUAUAUGAGAAAUUUGCAAAUGCUUUGCUUGAUGCUGUUCAGAAUAUGAAAGUUGGGGAUGGUUUUGGUGAUGGUGUGGUUCAGGGUCCUCUGAUCAAUGAAGCCGCUGUCAAAAAGGUUGAGUCCUUAAUUCAUGAUGCCACCUCAAAGGGGGCAAAAGUAAUUCUUGGGGGUAAAAGACAUAGCCUUGGAUUAACUUUUUAUGAACCUACAGUCAUCCGCGAUGUCAACAAUGAGAUGCUCAUAUCAAGACAGGAAGUAUUUGGACCUGUUGCACCCCUUUUGAGAUUCAAAACUGAACAGGAUGCUAUCAGAAUUGCAAAUAACACUAACGCAGGUUUGGGCUCAUAUAUAUUUACAAACAGUAUCCAACGAUCAUGGCGUGUUGCUGAGGCUCUUGAAUAUGGACUUGUGGGUGUUAAUGAAGGAGUAAUUUCGACUGAGGUGGCUCCAUUUGGUGGUUUUAAACAGUCUGGUCUUGGAAGAGAAGGCUCCAAAUAUGGGAUGGAUGAAUAUUUGGAGAUCAAAUACGUAUGCUUGGGAAACAUGAACAAAGAUUGAAGUAUGAGAUGUACAUGAGGCAGUGCCAAGCUAAAGAGGGAGGAAUUACCUUGCUUUUGAGUGGAAGAAUAUGCAUAUAGCUGCACGCGUGUUCUAUACAAAUAAGUGCGGGCUUGCAAAAGACUUCCCCUUUUUCUCUGUUUUAGUAUUUUUUUUUUCAUCUUCUCCCUUUCCAUUCCCUAAUUUCUAUCUUUUAGGAUGUUAAAUAAUAAGGUCUUUUAGAAUAUGAAAAUACGCUCUAUAGAAGGUAUGUGGUUUAAAACAAUGCAAAUAGCCUAUGACCAUUUUUGAUAUUUAGUUAUGUUAUUUGAACAAUUUUUUGGAACACUUGUUCUGCAUUUUUGUACUCUAUUAUACUUAAAAAUUUUCUGCCUUUCUGCCAUCACU